UUUCACAAGUGUCAGAAUGAAAGUUGAUUUGUUUGUGGUUUAUUUUUCUAUUUUCGUUGAAUUCUGGUUUGAAAUAUGAUAGUCCGUCAGUUAUAAGAUUAGUUAAGAUAGUGACAUCACUAAUAAUAAUGUCGGAUUUUAAGGAGCCACCUCCGCCAUCCUAUGCAGAGUCCCAGAACUAUCCUCAGUUUGGUACCGUACCACCGAGCCAGCCCAUGUCAUCAUCCAUCUUCACUUACACAUCCACACCAUCUGCUCCAUCUGCAGUCCAGUCAAGCAUAGAGCCUGCAGCCACUCCCCCAUAUCCACUGCCAGUGCAAGCAACACAGUACAGUUCUCCAUCACUUGCUCAGUACGGAACCCAGUACGGAUUCAGCAGCUACGCUCAGACCUACGGCCCCAGUCCAGCCGCGCCCAUCCAGGCAGCGUACCAGACGGCCACGCCGUAUUGCAACGUGCCAGGCUCGACGGCGUCGGGAGUCGUUUACAACCCCAUACAUGGAACAGCACAGACGUACUCUGUACAGAAUGUACCAGCAGGGUACACCACAACGCCACUGGCAUAUGGUACGACCUCAAACAUAGUCAACAGACAGCGGCAGAAGAAAAUAGUUAUUUUUGUGUGCAUGUUUAUUAUCAUCAUAGUAAUAACCAUGGUGAUCUUUUUUUCAGUGUUUCUGUAGUGGCCAUAUGUGAUGAUUUUGUUUUGUUAUAAUAAGACAGAAAUUUCUUUUUUUUUAAUUCACAUGCUAAAGGGAGCUAAAAUUAACUCUUCUUAAACUAGUCACAGGGGAGGGAUGGGGAGCCAGAGUGAUCGCUCCCCUUAAAUAGUGGGGUCUCCAAUCCCUGCAAUUAAGAAAAUGUCCACGGCAAAAAAAACAUUACCAUUGAAAAAAACUCUGAAUAUAGUCCACGGCAAAAAAGUGCUAUGGAGAAUUAAAAAUUCCAUGGCAUUGCCGAUUGCCAUGGGCAAUUGCAGAGGUUGGGUCUCACGCAGGAGUUAAGACAUGGAGUGAAGGCUGGUUCUCUACUAUGAUACCAUAGAACUUAACCCAACCAAAAGGGAAUUUUCACAGCUCAGUGGGGAUAUGUCAGUUAACUGACUUCUUAACCUUUUGUUCUGGACACAGCUGAUAUACUUGUACAUAUAAAGAUCUAUACCUAGCCCAAUAUAACUGCAUGUAUUGGAAGCAGCCUCGGUAUGUGGGGUGGGAACUUUUAGCAUGCUUUCAUAAAGGGACUGGCAUCGCCAGAGAGUUCUACCGGCCUCAGUGGUGUCAUGGUUAAGCCAUCAGACAUACAGCUGGUAGGUACUGGGUUUGUAUUCUGGUAUCGGCUCACACCCAGAGCAAGUUUUAACGGGUAGGUGUAUGACAACUACACCCUCUUCUCUCUCACUGACUACUAACAACUGACCACUACCCUCUGUCCUGGACAGAUAGCCCAAAAAAACGAAAUGAAGGCAUAUUAAUGAAAUGUUGUCUCCAGCUAGACUAAAAGGACACCUUUAAACUGAGAAGGGGACUUAAUAUACCAGGUACUUAUUUUUUGGGUGCGACUCCUUUCCAUCCCCCACCCCCUUCCUGUGAGGUACAGCCUUGAUGACGUGUGUGCCCAGGACAGAGUUCUUCAUCUUUAAAUAAUUGGAUAUACAUGUACAUGAGAACAACUGAACACAUCUUUUUAAUACUAUCAUUCUAAGUUAUUGUUUAUAUACACAAGCUGUUACCAUGAAGGAUGUGAUAAAAAUGUUUGUCACUGAUUACACUUGCACAACUCUGGAAUUGUAUACUACUUUAACUUAAGUAGAGAAUAUAUAUCUAUACAUUUGGAUCGUGUUGGUUCGAACCCGUUGGUGCUCAAGAAAGUGUUCGACCCAAUGGUCAACAACGUGUAAGUGUAACUCGGGACUUCGUUUUUGGUUCGAGCGUUGUGGUGUAUUCGACCCUUCCAUGUUCGACCCAGUGAGAUUCUACUGUGUAUAUAUAAAUACACAUACCAUCCAACUACAAUAAUGCAACUGGAAAGUAGUCAUUUCAACUUUUUAAGGGUGAUGUUUGCAAAUUAUAAGACCCAUAACUUAAAAUAACAAUUGUUACAAAUGAAUAAUCAAAUGCAAAAUUUUAUAAAUACAAAUAUUUUAUUAAGCUUAUAUUACUAGGAAUGGCAAUUUUGUGUUGUGUUAAUGAACGUGACAUUGUAUGAUGUAUUGUUAUGUAGGUUUUAUUUUUAAUGUUUGUCAAGAUAAAUAAUAGUGUACCAUCAUGUUUAUAUUAUGCAUGGUGUUGCUGUUGGUUAAUGUAAUAUUUGCAAUUACAAGACACACAUGUAUAUCAUUAAACCACAACUUUUAUUUUGUGAAAAAUAUAUUGAUAACAUUGUGCACAUAUUCUUAAGUGAAAGGUAUACCUUGAGGUUAAACUAAAGGUGAUUUACACUAAAGGUGGGUUUUUUGGUAUACCUGGGCCUGUAUUUUCGAAGCAAUCUUAGCCUCCGAAAUCGUAAAAUCAUCGUAAGCUAUGAUGUCACUAUGGCAUGUGCUGUAGUAACAUCACACCCUAUGAUGCUUUUAUGAUUUUGUACAGUUAAGAUGGCUUCGAAAAUAUGGACCCUGUGUCUUAUACUGUAAGCCAGGGGCUUUAAUAUUUUUGUCUGGAACUAUACCACGUGGGGUUAAUAUAUUCAAUCUGGGUAAUAAAACCUAUAAAAUAAAAUAUGAAAUAUCAAGCAUUGUAUUGAUAUAUCAGUGAUAGAAAGAAGCAGAAUUUUUCACUUGUCCAGUGACAUCUAAAUAUUUACUUUCCUGCUAAAUAAAUGCUUUUAUUGGUUUUAUUCAAGUACAAGGACAAUAUUAUUGAUGGCUCAAAAUUGCUCAACUGCAUUAUUUUUACUUGUCCACUGGAUAACCACGGGGGUACAUUUUGCUUGUCACAGCAGAUUUUCACUUGUCAGGACAAAUAGACAUGUACUUAUUUCGAUUGCCGUAUAUAUAGUGAAACCCCUCAGAAACUAGAUGUUUUUCACAGUCCCUUGGUACACAACAGAACCUCUCUAAAACAGGUAAUUCUUAACACCAGAUUGUUUACUUAGUCCCAUGUGAGAGGUUUCACUGUACAUCCAGAAUUCUAAUUCGCCAAAUCAUGUGUUUGAAAAAAAUAAUUGGUUUGGACUGGAAAAUAAAUUUAUUAGAGGCAACAUUCCAUAUUGAGUUGCUACAAACAUUAGGAUGACCAGAAAUGCAUUGAAUAUACAGAAAUUAUAUUUAUAUAUAUAUAUAGAGAGAGAGAGAGAGAG